CGCCCGCCCCUCCCGUCAUCCUCCUCCUCACUCUCGUCCUGGUUCUCGUCCUCCAACUCCUCCUCCUCCGAUCUCCGAUAUUCCACGCAACUACGUCCGCCUCAUCCUCCUUUGCCCCACUCCUAUUCUCCUGCUUCCCCCUCACUCUCCCGUCCUCCCUACCCUACAUACUCCCAACGGCCCCUGCUCUUUCCGGAUUUCCGAUGUCUGCUUGACUCCUCUGCCUCCGUUUCCCCGUCAUUCUUUCGUUUGUUUGACCGGCCCGUACUAUAAACCAGCAACAGCCCUCCCUGAAGCACCAUUCGUCAGACAGUCACCGUCUAGGCCCAGCCCUCUUCGAAGACGACAUAUCACGCAAUAGCUGAUAGUCCUCCGCGAAAGACAAAAAAAACCGAUGUCCUACGACGAUACCAGCUCGGCGGGUUCGAAAACCCCAAAGGCUCGGGAUGACAGCUCAAGCUAUUUCGGCAGCUUGCACACGCUGCACAACAUCUCGCCGUCUGCAAAAAGCCCUGGCAUGAACAUCCCUUCCCCGUCGUCAGGCAGCCUUCGACAACGCCGAUCUUCCCUCUCCCUCGGUCUCGAUCAACUGCGCCAUGUGGGGGGAGUCAACAGCAUCGAUGCGUUCGCACGCUCGUGGACUCGUGCCGCUGGGUACAUCGAGAUUACACCUUCGCGCCAGUCCUACGUCUCGGUGUCAUCGCACGGCGGCGACGAAGAGGAAGACGAUAACGCCAGCAGGGCCGACGAGGCAGUGGAGGACGACGAAACCGAUCAGGUCCCGGCCGAAUACACGCAUCUGCAUCCCAACCUAACGUCGUUCGGCACAUAUGGAUCCUUCUCGUCGCUUCCGAGGGCUUCGAUGCCCGCCGAAGGUCUUCCAAGCAGUGUCAUCAGACAUGCCGAGGAUCUUUUCGUGGAGCAGCAACAGGCGAUGCUUGCGCCGGAGGUUGCGGAUAAGGAACGCGAACCCUUGUUGGUCAAGACCGUCGAAACGCAGGAGGGCCUCGUGCAACAGGUGAUAGUGGGCCAGAGCACUUUGCCGCAGACGGUAUUCAACAGCGUCAAUGUCUUGAUAGGAAUCGGAUUGCUGAGUCUACCGCUUGGACUGAAGUACAGUGGAUGGAUCGUGGGCAUGCUCUUCUUGGGGCUCAGCGCCAUGGCCACAAACCAUACAGCAAAACUCCUGGCACGUUGUCUCGAAAGAGCGCCGAAUAAAGCGCUCGUGUCGUACUCCGACAUCGCAUACAUCGCAUACGGACAAAAAGCGCGGGUCAUCGUCUCCAUUAUGUUCUCCAUGGAAUUGAUGGCGGCAUGCGUGGCACUGGUGGUGCUCUUCGCCGACUCGUUGCACAGCUUGAUCCCUUCGAUUAGCGUUUUGGGUUGGAAGAUCAUCGCUGGAUUCGCCCUCACGCCGUCGAGCUUCCUUCCACUGAGGAUUUUGAGCUUCACCUCGAUCCUCGGGAUCCUGAGCACGUGCAGCAUCUUUCUCAUUGUGCUCAUCAACGGUCUGAUCAAAUCCGACUUUCCCGGAAGUUUGUUGGAUCCUGCGCCUACGUACCUGUUCCCACAGAGUUGGCUCACGCUGCCGUUGAGUUUUGGGCUGUUGAUGUCGCCAUGGGGCGGUCACGGCGUGUUUCCCAACAUCUACAAGGACAUGCGACAUCCGCACAAGUACAACCGUGCCGUGAACUACACUUACUGGUUCACCUACCUUUUGGAUGCGUCCAUGAUGGUGGUCGGCAUUUUGAUGUUUGGAGACGGGGUCAAGGACGAAAUCACCGCAAACAUUCUGGAACUGGCUGGAUAUCCUGAGGCGGCAAAAGUAGCAAUGGUUGUCUUCAUCGCCAUCAUCCCGUUGACCAAGACUCCCUUGAAUGCACGCCCAAUCAUCACAACCCUCGACUUUGUCCUCGGUGCCGACAUCCGCGCAAUCGGCGUCCCCGAGAGCGCCGUAGGAAUGUCCAGCUUCUCUCGGGGGCUAGUACGCAUCGGGGUCCGGGUUUUCACCAACGCCACCUUCGUCAUCAUCGCGAUCAUCUGCCCCUCGUUCGACAGGAUCAUGGCAUUCAUGGGCUCCACGCUCUGCUUUGCCAUCUGCGUGAUCAUGCCGCUGAUGUUCUACCUCAAGAUUUUUGGUGCCGAGGUGGGCACGAAGGAACGCGUCAUUUCUUGGUUCAUUAUCGUCAGUUGCUCCAUCAUGGCACUGGUCGGGACGGCGUUUACGUUUAUACCCAAGGAGCAGCUCGGGGCUUGAUUUCGUAAUGGGACGCAUGGAUGCAGAUGCAUGGAUGGUUGUCACGCUCCAAAAAAACGGUGGUGGGGGGGAGAGCCUUUCUUUGCAUUGCGACUUGACUUGCCUUGUUCAUUAUUGUUGGGUUUUCUAUCUUUCGGAGUUCUUUUGAUUUCACUGGGGCAGGGUUUGCCUUCUGUGUCCUUUUUUCCCCUUGUUUCCUUUUCUUUUCCUUUUCCUUUUCCUUUUCUUUUUCCUCCCCCAAACACGCAUAUCGUGACACCACAGACUUUUUUUCUGU